AUGCUUUUGAGUCUGGAGGGAGCAGACAAGUUCCACGAGAAUACUUCUGGAGUGCUUCCCGACCGCAGUAAGCAAAUCAUCGAGCAGUUACUUCUUUUGCGCUACGAAUGUGCCAGCUGUUUGUGCAAUAUCCGUCAUGACGUUGCUGUUUGGUCAUGCAAUGACUGCUUCCGUAUUUUUCAUCUUUACUGCAUAAAAAAAUGGGCAAAACAGAACGAAAGUGGGAUUGGUACCUCAUUUCGUUGUCCACAUUGUCAGGCAACGCAAGAGCCUGUAUCGAAGUAUUAUUGCUUUUGUGGAAAGUUGCGAGAUCCACCGUACGAUCCGCAUAUUACACCACACAGUUGUGGUCAGACAUGCGGCAAGACACGACACUUGUGCCAUCACCCGUGUCCAGUGCAGUGUCAUCCUGGACCAUGCCCUGAAUGUUCUUCUUUUACUGGUCCAAAAUCGUGUCCUUGUGGGGCGACAACAUAUACUUGGCGAUGUGGCCAGCCAGAUCCACAGAAAUUGUGCGAUAACACAUGCCUGAAGACACUCAAUUGUCUAAUACACAAAUGCAAAGCUAAGUGUCAUAUUGGGGCCUGUGAACCAUGUACUGAAAAAUCUUUGGCUACGUGUUACUGCGGGUUGGAAACAAGAGAACUCCCCUGCGGUUUUUCAUCAUUUUCGUGCGGGAGGGUGUGUGGUAAAACAUUGCGUUGUGGUGUUCACUUUUGUGGCUUGAUAUGUCAUUCGGGUAAUUGUCCCCCAUGCGACAGGGAUCCUUCUAUCAUCGUGACAUGCCCUUGCGGCUUAGUGCCCUUAACAGUCACGAGAAAGCAUUGCAGUGACCCUAUUCCUACAUGUGGUAACGUUUGUGGACGUGUACUAGACUGCCAACGUCACACUUGCCAGGCAUUGUGUCAUGAGGGCGAAUGCAAUCCAUGUGAGAAACGUGUCCUGACCAAAUGUGUCUGCAGAGCCACACAACAGUUGGUGCCUUGUGCAAAACAAGAUGAAUUUCGUUGCAAUAUAGUCUGCAAGACAAAGUUAUCAUGUGGAAAGCAUGAAUGUCGAGUUACUUGCUGCUCAUACCGCAAACAAUACAAUAGUGUUGUGCACCAGUGUAACAGGACAUGCAAUAGGAAACUUCCGUGUGGCCAUGCCUGUCUGGAGCUGUGCCAUCGUGGGAUGUGUCCUUCGUGUGUUCAUGUGGUUUCGGAGCGCUUGGUUUGUCGCUGCGGGGCGGAAGUUCUGAUGCCGCCUCAGCCUUGUGGAACAUCCCCACCCAAAUGCACUCGACCCUGCACUCUUACACUUUCUUGCAAUCAUCCACCAGUAAAACACGAUUGCCACUACGGUGAUUGUCCUCCAUGUGUUUUUCCUGUGGAGAAACUAUGUGCUGGGGGGCAUACCUUGUUGAAGAAUGUUUCUUGCAGUGCCUCUUUUGUUUGUUGCAGUUCUAAAUGUGGUAAAAUGUUGUCUUGUGGUCAUGAGUGUUCCCGUGUUUGCCAUCCUGGUUUGUGUGUCGAUGAGCGUCACCCUUGCCUACAGCCCUGCGGGAAGGUUCAUGCUGAGUGUGGGCAUGCCUGUAGGGCAAAAUGCCACCCCUCGAAAAAGUGUCCGCAGUGUUUGGAGACUGUGGAGUGUCGUUGUCAGUGUGGGCGGAACACUCAACAUUUUACAUGCAAGAAAUUACUGUUGUACGUGCAUGAGCACUCAGGUGAGAAAAUGAAUGUAGAAUGCAACGCAAAUUGUCUAUUUGAACAGCGACUUGAAGUAUUGGCCGGUCUCAGUAAAAUACCCCCUUCGUCGGCGCCAACGACAACAGUAAAGUAUUCUUUAUUCUUGUGGGAUUUUGGAAGCAAACAUCUGACCUGGAUUCGAACAAUUGAAGAGGAGUUAGAGCGUUUUGUGUUGAGCAACGUUACAUUGUCGUCGUUGAAGCCGAUGUCCCCAGAGAAACGUGCGGCCAUCCAUUCCCUCUGUCAAUAUUACCAUAUUCACUCCGAGGCUGUUGAUGCUGGACCCAAUCGAUCAUGCCUUCUUACAAAGACAACAAGAACUUCUAUUCCGGUUCCAUUGCUUAGUGACGCCCUUGCGGAUCCGGAGAGGAAUAAUCCAUUAACUUUUAUUAAUGAGAUCUGUGACCGGAAAGAGGUUGUUUGCGGGCGUGUCAUCCUCAUGGAUGGCGAGAACGUGAACGCCAUUGUUGUGUCUCGUGCACUGCAGGACUUUGCUGGUGAAUUUGUCUGUGGAGCGGAGGAGACCAUUGCAAAUGGCAAGAAACGCAUCAAGGUGUAUUUUACUCACCCGUCAGGGCAGCAACGGGCGUAUCGUCACCUCCGUUGUGUUACGCCCCCGUUUGAAUUUUUUCUUCCAUCCCACUUGGGCAACUCGGCCUCAAAAGGGGCCAAGCCUCCCGGUCUUACAUCAUGGGCAAAUUUGGUUUGCGCCAAGACAAAAAAAUGA